GACCCCAUCGCUAAGUGUACACUCUUUUGGCCUGCUUAGACUUCAAUCAUUUAUACAAUCUCGAGACUCACAAUGAAGCUCACUGCACCGUCGCUCCUUGCCCUAGCCGGCGUCGUCUCCGCCACCCUCCAUCUAGACCUGAACCUGGGCGGAUCGCACCCACACGUUCAUGCUUCCAACUCCAAACUCGGUGCCGAGAACCCGCAUGCUUGGAUUGCUGCUGGGGAUGGAGACGCCCGCAGUCCCUGCCCGAUGAUGAACACCCUUGCCAACCACGGCUAUAUCCACCGAGACGGGCGUAACAUCACACGCGAGGGCCUGGCCAAUGGACUGGUUGACUCAAUCAACUUCUCCCAAGAAUUGGCCGAGAGCAUGUUUGACAAUGUCCUGGCCAUGGACCCAACCGCCACAAACUUUGAUCUAGACUCCCUGAAUGCGCACAACGUCGGCGAGCAUGAUGCCUCUCUCAGCCGCGCGGAUGCCUACUUCGGCAACAACCACGUCUUUAAUCCCAACGUAUUCGCCCAAACACGCGCCUACUGGACGCACCCUACAGUGACCGCCGCCAUGCUUGCAAAUAGCAAGAUCGCACGGCAGCUGCACAGCAAAGCAUUCAACCCUGCCUACACGUACACAGAGAAAACCGAGCAGACGAGCUACACGGAGACCGGUUUCCCGAUCCUGGCCUUUGGCGAUAUCGAGGCCGGCACGGUGAACCGUGACUUCGUGGAGUACUGGUUUGAAAAUGAGCGGUUGCCAUCAGAGGUCGGAUGGACUGUGCGUGAGGAGCCGGUGACGCCGGAGCAGCUGGCAGCCGUGACGCAGAUGAUCGCGGAGGCCGUCAAGUUGGUGACGGGGGAGAAGAAGCAGUAAAAAUACGUGGCUUCUGCUGAUAGAGGGCGGAGUCGGUGUUUGAUGCUGGGAUAUAUCGUACUUUGUCCUUGUAGCUUGUGUCUAAUAUAUGAUCUAUC